CGCCAAGGAUGCGGGUCCUGGGCCCCCCCUCCCUCCUCCUGCUGCUCCCGGGGGCGCUGGUCCUGACCCCCAGCUGGGCCGGCUCCCACUCCAUGAGGUAUUUCUACACCGCGGUGUCCCGGCCCGGCCGCGGGGAGCCCCGCUUCCUCGCCGUCGGCUACGUGGACGACUCGCAGUUCGUGCGGUUCGACAGCGACGCCCGGGAUCCGAGGGCGGAGCCGCGGGCGCCGUGGAUGCAGCAGCCGUGGGUGGAGCAGGAGAGGCCGGGGCAUUGGGACCGGAGCACGCGGAUCUUCAAGGGAGCCGCACAGACUUUCCGAAGGAGCCUGGAGAUCCUGCGCGGCUACUACAACCAGAGCGAGGACGGGUCUCACACCUACCAGUACAUGUAUGGCUGCGACAUGGGACCUGAUGGGCGCCUCCUCCGCGGGUACUAUCAAUACGCCUACGACGGCGCCGACUACAUCGCCCUGAACGAGGACCUGACCUCCUGGACCACGGCCGACAUGGUGGCUCAGAUCACCAAGCGCAAGUGGGAGGCGGACGGUGUGGCAGAGCAUUACAGGAGCUACCUGGAGGGAACCUGCAUGCCAUGGCUCCCCAUUCAUCUGGACAAAGGGAAGGAGACCCUGCAGCGCGCAGACCCUCCAAAGGCUCACGUGACCCACCACCCGGUCUCUGAGCAUGAGGUCACCCUGAGGUGCUGGGCGUUGGGCUUCUACCCUGCGGACAUCACCCUGACCUGGCAGCGUGACGGGGAGGACCAAACCCAGGACAUGGAGCUGGUGGAGACCAGGCCUGCGGGGGAUGGGAGCUUCCAGAAGUGGGCAGCCGUGGGGGUGCCCCCUGGACAGGAGCAGAGAUACACGUGCCAUGUACAGCACGAGGGGCUGCCCGAGCCCCUGACCCUGAGAUGGGAGUCGCCUCCUCAGACCUUCAUCUUAAUCAUCAUGGGCAUCGCUGGGGGCCUGGUUCUGCUGGGAGCCGUGGCUGGAGCUGUGAUGUGGGGGAGGAGGCGCUCAGGUGGGAAAGAAGCAAGCUAUGCUCAGGCUGCCAGCAGUGACAGCGCCCAGGGCUCUGAUGUGUCUCUCUCGGCUUCUAAAGCGUGAGGCAGCUGCCUUGUGGGGACUGAGUGAUGGAAGAUGUUCACGCUCCCACUUCCUGACUCAAGAACCUCUCUUGGGGGGCUGGCCCCGCCCUGCUCCCCACACUUUCCUGUCAGCAGAGGCGGGCUGUGCCCUUCCCAUCCCUGCCUUUACUGCCCAGUGCUCUGAGCUGCAACUUCCUGCUCCAUAUUGAAAUGAGACUCUGGCUGUGACCUUGUUUGUUUACUUGUUGCCUUCAGGGUUGUGGGUUAAUUAAAGGGGAAGAACCUAAAUUCUGAGCGGAAAUAAAUUGAAGCAUCAAGAGAUUUCCAG